AUGGCAGAGUCAUCAGCAACCGCCCUCGUCCUCCAUGGCGCUAAGGAUCUCCGUGUGGAGAAGCGAGCAGUCAGCGCCCCCUCCGACGCCGACGUCCAAGUCGCCGUCCAAGCAACCGGCCUCUGCGGCUCCGACCUCCACUACUACUCCCACGGCCGAAACGGCGACUUCGUCGUGCGCGAACCAAUGUUCGGCGACCGCGUCGCUCUAGAAGUCGGUCUCCCCUGCCGUAAAUGCGCCCUCUGCAAAUCAGGCCGCUACAACAUCUGCAAGGCGAUGCAGUUCCGCUCCAGCGCAAAGAUGUUCCCCCACCUCGACGGCACCCUCAUGGAACGCACCAACCACCCCGCCGACAUGUGCCACGCUCUACCCUCCAACGUCUCCGACGCCGGCGGUGCCCUCGUCGAGCCACUGGCCGUCUGCCUCCACGCCAUCCGCCGCUCGCGCCCCCCAUCCAAGGAAGAAGUUGCCGCCGCAAAGACCACCGGCGAGGGUACAUCCGCAUUGGUCUUCGGCGCUGGCGCCAUCGGCCUCUUACUCGCUUCAUCACUCGCUGCCGCAGAGAACUUCUCCUCAAUCCUAGUCGCGGAUAUUGACGCCGCGAGAUUGGAAAUCGCCGCCUCGCUCGGUCUAAAGACUGCUCUUAUCCCCCGCGAUCCCACCAACCCACCUCCUGCCAAGGACGCUCCCCACGCAGACCAGACUGCCUGGGCCCUGACCAAUGCGCAAAGCGUCGCGGCGAAAUUGACCGAGGUCGCCAAUGCAGCUGACGACGCGGAAAUCACUGGAUUCAGCCGCGUGUAUGACUGCACUGGUGUGCCUGCCUGUGUGCAGGCGGGUAUUUACGCCUCCUCGCCUGGCGGUCUGCUUGUUCAGGUUGGUAUGGGUAAUCCCAUCCAGACUGUUCCUGUUGGGGCGGCUGCGCUGCGCGAGGUCGAUGUCAUUGGUACGUUCCGGUAUGAUGGACAUGCGUACCCUGCUGCUAUUGCGCUGUUGGCUAGUGGGAAGCUGGCUGCUACUGAGGAGAAGGUUGUUACUCACCGGGUGAGUUUGGAAGAUGGUGCGCGCGCUUUUACGCUGGCUGGUAAAGGUGUUGAUGAGAGUGGUCGGCCUGUUGUGAAGGUUAUUAUUGAGAGUAAGCUGCAGGCUUCUUUGUAG